CUGAUCAUCACGUGCAUCACGAGGAAAAGACAUGAGAGAAGAGAAGAGAAGAGAAGAGAAGAGAAGAGAAGAGAAGAGAAGAGAAGAGAAGAGAAGAGAAGAGAAGAGAAGAGAAGAGAAGAGAAGAGAAGAGAAGAGAAGAGAAGAGGAGAAGCGCGCUGUGCCCCCAACGGCGUCACGACAAUGGCAGUGAAUGGUUGCGCGCCGCGGUCACUGGGACAGUCAAAGCACACCGCCCCUUUCUAACGGGCACGUCAUCCUCCUAACUAGGCGUUAUGAAUAGGAAAGCGGCUUUUGUCUCCCCGCGAGUAUAAAUACCCACUAUCAGCGUGCGCCUCGCCACAGAGACACGCAGACGCACGCGGGGAGAGACGGUCGGCAGACGCGCGCGCGGAAGUGUCACCGAUGUGAUAAGAAGCAGAAGACGCGCGGGACGGGAGGGACACGGACAACAUCAGGUUACCAGAGCGACGAAGGGCCCCAGAGGGAGAGAGAGAGGGGCAGGGAGAGCAAAAGGAAAGGAGAGAGAGAGAGGAGAGAGGGACAGUGAGUGAGUGAGAGAGGGAGGAAGCCGGCAGCGACCUCCUACCCAACAACCUCGGAAGCAAACCCAUAAAAUGAAUUCAGACUCCAGCCCGAGCAGCAGAGCCUCCUCCCCGGACAUGGACGAUAUGUUUCUCCGAGACCACCACCCGCACCACCACCACCACCACCACGUCGGCUCGUCCGUGUCCUCCUCCACGAGCGUGGAGCAGCAGCGUCAGAAGAUGAGCGGCGGCGAGCACCUGCGCUCCGCAGACGCCAAGUCCGUGGGCAGCAGCAGCAGCAGCAGCAGCGGCGGCGGCGGCGGCGGCGGCAACAAGUACAAGCUGAAGAAACAGGUCACCGAGGAGGAAAUGUACCAGCUGCGGCUCAAGAUCAACGGGCGCGAGAGGAAGCGCAUGCACGACCUCAACCUGGCCAUGGACGGCCUGCGCGAGGUGAUGCCCUACGCGCACGGGCCCUCCGUGCGCAAGCUGUCCAAGAUAGCGACGCUGCUCCUCGCCAGGAACUACAUCCUGAUGCUCAACAGCUCCCUGGACGAGAUGAAGCGGCUGGUGGGGGAGAUUUACGGCGGCCAGCACUCGGCCUUCCACUGCGGCACCGUGGCGCACGCCGCCGGGGCCGGCGCGCACGCCGGCGGCCCGGCCGCCGCGGCCGCCGCCGCCGCCGCCGCCGCCGCGGCCGCGCACCAGGUGCAUCCUCUCCUCGGGGGCGCGCUCUCCUCCUCCACGUCCUCCACGCUGUCGAGCGCGCUGCCCGGGCUCACGUCGAUCCGAGCGCCGCAUUCCCUGAUGAAGGGCUCGCCGGCUGCGCCCCCGGCCUUGCAGCUGGGCUCGGGCUUCCAGCACUGGGCCGGACUGCCGUGUCCCUGCACCAUCUGCCAGGUGCCUCCUCCUCCGCACAUCCCCAUCACCUCCACCGGUCUCACGAGACUCACGGGGGAGGGCAAGGACGGCAUGAAAUGAUGCCCGGAGUGUGUGACAGACACGCAGAGACUGAGACGCGUAACGAUGAUUGUAAAUAGAUAAUUCAGGGCAUGAGGCUGGAUCUGGCCUCGCUGGUGCAUGCUGUUGUUAAGUCUGUUUACUUGUUUGAAAUGUGAGAUAAAAGUGUUAUUUCUCCUUGUAACAAGGACUUUUAAAAACUGGUACUUCGCCAAAUGAGGCUGAAAAGGAGACGUUGUGCGUCACGCAGCGAGACGCUACGAUCCGCGUGUGUCUGACAGAUUCUGGUCGCACACCACAACGUGAACGACGAAGGAAGUUGCAUGAACAAGUUGAUUUUAUUUGACUUUUUUUGUAUCAGGCGUCAUUUUGUGAAAACGAAAAUGCUUUCUGUGCCUUGUACCAAGGAUUUAAAGUUGAGUUUUACGUGUAUCCUGUAUGUGUUCGCUCAAACGAAUCGGUCUUCGCGGAAACAUGAUUUAAAAUCUAAGUUUCUAGAUUUAUUUCGUGGCUCAUUGUUUGUCCUUUUGUGGUCUGAUUUGAGUUUCUUUCUGUUUGUCCUUCUUUGCAUGACGGUAAAUUCAUCAUGGCAUGAUUGUUGUGGCUGGACUGAAUUUGUUACGCCCAGAGACCCCGUGUCUUUAUUUUUGUACAUUGUUGAUGAAAUAUUUAUUAUCGCCCAGAGUCACUGGAUGAAAUUUCAAUAAAACUGAAAUUA